UUGCGUUCCACCGAGAUCUGGGCCGCUCUCGCGGGAUCUCGCCCUCUUCCUAGGCCGUCACUGAGAGAGGACGAAAGGCCAUGUUCAGUACAAGCGCCAAAAUCGUGAAGCCUAAUGGCGAAAAGCCCGACGAGUUUGAGUCGGGUAUCUCCCAGGCUCUCUUGGAGCUGGAGAUGAACUCUGACCUUAAAGCUCAACUGAGAGAGCUGAACAUCACAGCAGCAAAGGAAAUUGAAGUUGGUGGUGGAAGAAAAGCUAUCAUCAUCUUCGUUCCUGUUCCCCAACUGAGAUCUUUCCAGAAGAUUCAAGUGAGGCUGGUUCGUGAGCUUGAGAAGAAGUUUAGCGGCAAACACGUGGUCUUCAUUGCUCAGAGAAGGAUUCUGCCCAAGCCAACAAGAAAAAGCCGCACGAAAAACAAGCAGAAACGUCCCAGAAGCCGUACCCUUACUGCAGUGCAUGAUGCUAUCUUGGAAGACUUGGUCUUCCCAAGUGAAAUCGUGGGCAAGAGAAUCCGUGUAAAAUUGGACGGCAGCCGGCUUAUCAAGGUCCAUUUGGACAAAGCACAACAGAACAAUGUUGAACACAAGGUAGUGGAGACAUUUUCUGGUGUCUACAAGAAACUCACAGGCAAAGAUGUGGUUUUCGAAUUCCCAGAGUUCCAGCUGUAAAGUGCAACUGAAAUAAUAAAAAAUAUUCCUUGUUA